AUUAACACUCGAAGAUCCUAUUUCAUUCACAAUUCAGUCCCGUCCCAUGAUAACUGAAUCGGCUUUAUUUGUCCCCGGAAUUUGUCCUGCUAUCCAGAAAAAAAUAUCUUAACAAAAUGCAUUUAUUUCUGUCAUUAUCUGCUCAUUUGCUAUCGAAAAUAGGAUUUUUCAGUUGGGGAAUGGCGUGUUAAGUAUUUAAUUUCGGAAAUUAUUUAAAAUUACAAUAUGUUGGCGGCCGGAGGAUUGAACGAGAAAAGUUAUAUUUUAGAAGCUGGUGCAAGGAGUUUGUCGGAAGAUCGGGGAAGUAGUUAUGAUUCAAAUGAAAAUGCGUUCGAUGAUAUGAAACAGCUAAUCAAUGAGGAGGAAAACGAAAAAACUAAUACCCUUCCUUUGGCUAGUUUUAACUUCAUCAAUUCUAUAAUUGGUAGUGGUGUUAUUGGAAUUCCAUAUGCGUUUCAUGAAGCUGGUUUUGGUUUCGGAAUAGUACUGCUUAUUUUUGUGGCUUUCGUAACAGAUUAUUCCUUAAUUUUGAUGGUACGUAGCGGACACAUAAGUGGAAAAUUCUCUUAUCAGGGUAUCAUGGAAGCUGCCUUCGGAAGACCUGGUUACUAUUUACUUGGAAUAUUGCAGUUUACUUAUCCAUUUAUAGCAAUGGUUUCUUACAAUAUCGUGGUAGGAGACACAGUGACGAAAGUAAUUGUAAGACUGACUGGAAUUGGACCAGAUUCUCUAUUUGCCAAAAGGGAGAUUAUAGUCCUCAUAGCAACUAUGUUAUUAACCAUACCCCUUUGUCUGUACAGGGAUGUCGCCAAGUUGGCGAAAGUGUCGCUUUUCAGCCUUGUUUGUAUUGCCUUCAUUUUAGUAUCUAUAUUUAUAAGAAUCGGUUCACUCAGUGAUAUUGUGCCUCCCCAUAACGAUUCAUGGCGUUUUGUUAACAAAGAUAUAAUUCCAGCAAUAGGCAUCAUGGCUUUUGCCUUUAUGUGCCACCACAACACUUUUUUAAUAUACAGUUCAAUAGCAGAUGCAAAUCAGAAAAAAUGGGAAGCAGUAACGCACGCUUCCCUUUUUGUGAGCUUGGUAGUAGCCAUUAUGUUUGGUAUAGCUGGAUACUCCACCUUUAAGGCAUAUUCUCAAGGAGACCUUCUAGAAAACUACUGUUGGGACGACGAUCUUAUGAACAUCAGCAGACUACUAUUUAGUGUCCAAAUUCUUCUCACAUACCCAAUUGAGUGUUUUGUGACGAGAGAAGUUAUAGAAAACACUAUAUUAGGAAAAGAUCCGAAUAUACCCACAUCAGAUAGAAUUCACUAUCUUCUAACAUUGGGUAUUGUCGCUACGACUUAUUGUAUUUCAAUCACUACGUAUUGUUUGGGCGCCGUUCUGGAAUUAAACGGUGUUUUGGCAGCAGUUCCCUUGGCUUACGUCCUCCCAGCCUUGUGCUACUUACGAUUGGAAGAAGGUUUCAUUUUCUGCAGCAAAAAGUUACCAGCAUUAGCAGUAUGCAUCUUUGGACUGUUCGUCGCCAUUUUGGGAGCGUUAUUUUUGAUAAUCGAUUUCGAUCAAAUCGAUACGUGCAUGGAAAGUAAGGUCAUGGAGUAUUGUAAUAGAACUGUUGUAAACACAACAAUGUUAAAUACAACAAUGGUAAAUUAAUGUGUUCAUUGAAAAUGAAAAAUUAAAGUAAAAAUAUUGGGUUGAUGAAGAAGAAAGGUUUAAUUCAAUUUUAAUGUUAAAAAAUAUUUUUUUCUAUAACCAUUUAAAAAUCAACAACUUUCGUCACGUUUUACUCCAACCGAAAACGGCAGUUCCGACACCAGUGGUAGAAUAUCCCAUAACGUUAACUUUCGUCUCUAGUGACGAAAGUAAGUGGUUGCAAUUUUAGAUAUUAUAAAAUUAUUUUUGCAGUCUUAGAAUUCACUUUUAGGAUUUUAUAAAGGAGAAGUACAAUUAUAAUACAAAGGUAGAUGCCAAAACAAGCAAGGUAAAACCCCUAAAUCGCAGAUUUCGUCGAGAUCACUUUAAAGAUAAUUCAACUCAUUCAAACUUCUUAUACAUCCUAUAUAGCAAGCCAUGGUUAUAGAAAAAGUAUAGUGUUUUACUCGUCGAAAAGCAUUUUUUGCAACAUGAGAACAUUAUUAAACUCGGCUGCGCCUCGUUUGAUAAACUGCUCUCUCGUUUUACAGAAAAUGCUAUUUUCGUCACUCGUUAAACAAUAUACUAGUCUCUAUUUUGUUUCGAUUUUGAAAAUGUACAUUUAUUCAUGAAGAUGUUCUAUAUUAUUUAUUAGUUUUAUAAUAAUUUCUCAUUAUCUACAGCGUUGAACUGGUGGUUAUUGCAAAGGGUACCACCAAAUCUCGUCUUUACUAAUAUUCUGGGUUGUUAGAAGAACUGCUAUUUUAACUUUAAUAUGAAGCAAGUAAAUUAAGAGAGAAUCUGGAAAAUAUCUUCAUCAUACUGGUUCCAUUGUGGGGCAUAGGGCUUACCGACUCUACUCCCUACCAUGCAAAAACCAUGGCAACAAGAAGUGAGGUGAAUACGGCGCGCUUUGCACUUUAUGUACUUAAAUGGAUUAAGUUUCCUUUUUUUUUAUUUUUUGAUUCUGCAAUAUUCGAUAUACAAAAUGAUAAAAAAUUCAUUAAGACUUGUUACUGGCUUACAUUAUUUAUUUUUAUGGUAACUUUAGAAACACUAUAGUGUCCCACCAAUAUCUAAUAAUUUGUAAAAAACUAGAAGUUUAUUUAAAGCAGAAAUUGAAGAAGAAUGGCUGAUUGUCUGCUAUAUACUCAUAAACGUUUUGGCGUUCGAGAAUGUUGG